AUGAAUGAAAUAUAUCAGAUUAAAAUAAAAUUAUCUAUCUAUCUAUCUAUCUAUCUACUCAUUGGAUUCCACAUCUAUCUAUCUAUCUAUCUAUCUCUCACAGACAGUCCACAUCUAUCUAUCUAUCUAUCUAUCUCUCACAGACAGUCCACAUCUAUCUAUCUAUCUAUCUAUCUCUCACAGACUGUCCACAUCUAUCUAUCUAUCUAUCUCAGACUGUCCAUAUCUAUCUAUCUAUCUAUCUAUCUAUCUCAGACUGUCCAUAUCUAUCUAUCUAUCUAUCUAUCUCAGACUGUCCAUAUCUAUCUAUCUAUCUAUCUCAGACUGUCCAUAUCUAUCUAUCUAUCUAUCUCAGACUGUCCAUAUCUAUCUAUCUAUCUAUCUCAGACUGUCCAUAUCUAUCUAUCUAUCUAUCUCAGACUGUCCAUAUCUAUCUAUCUAUCUAUCUCAGACUGUCCAUAUCUAUCUAUCUAUCUAUCUAUAUCAGACUGUCCAUAUCUAUCUAUCUGUCCAUAUCUAUCUAUCUAUCUAUCUCAGACUGUCCAUAACUAUCUAUCUAUCUAUCUAUCUAUCGCCAGGUAUCUUUGUUCCGCCUUACACUUUCACUAUCUAUCUUUAACUAUCUAUCUAUGUCAAUUUGCUCGUAUCUAUCUAUGUCAAUUUGCUCGUAUCUAUCUAUGUCAAUUUGCUCGUAUCUAUCUAUCUCAAUUUGCUCGUAUCUAUCUAUCUCAAUUUGCUCGUAUCUAUCUAUCUAUCUCAAUUUGCUCGUAUCUAUCUAUCUAUCUCAAUUUGCUCGUAUCUAUCUAUCUAUCUAUCUAUCUAUCUCAAUUUGCUCGUAUCUAUCUAUCUAUCUAUCUAUCUCAAUUUGCUCGUAUCUAUCUAUCUAUCUAUCUCAAUUUGCUCGUAUCUAUCUAUCUAUCUAUCUAUCUCAAUUUGCUCGUAUCUAUAUAUCUCAACUCGAUCCAAGUCACUUUCUCAAUGACCCCACCCACACCUUGCCUUGUCGCCCAUCGCCAUCACUCUGUCUUUCAUUCCUUCCACUUCUCUCUUGCGUUCAACGUUACAAAGAAUCCGUGGAAGAGCGUAGAAACUACCAUAUUGUCGGGAAGCACGCUUGACGCGGUUGUCUGCAGGAGAAACGUUUCGCUUUCAUUUGCCAGGUCCGUUCAUAAUGCAACUACGCUCGGCGUUCAUGGCUUUAGCCGAGAGUUACCGACUUCGUGCAGUUCUGCUCUUCAAUGUCGGACAUUCUCUCUCAACAAGAGGGAAAAAAUACCGCCGUUUGGAAGCCGGCAUACAUCUUCCGACAAACUGGCCGGAUGA